AUGUCUUCCACCACCCAAGCUACUACAACAAACGAAUUCCCCGCCGAUCGCCUCCCGGCCGUCAAGCACUGCAUCGAAUACCUCCUACGCAACUGCCGUAGCGACAUCAUCUUCGACCACAAACCCGUCGACGAGCACGAUGACCCAGAUGAACCCGAUGCCCGCAAAUGGAAGGACUUCGCAGAGCACCAAGCAACUGCCCCAGAGACAGGAGAUGACGUGACCGUCAAGCUGUACGCGAGACUCAAGAAACACGACAAGCAGGCACCAUUUCGUUUGGACAUUGGACGCUCGCAGGCGAAUAAUUACAAGCUCUUCAACGGGACUUGGAGUGCGUCUGAGGAUAUUCGCAGUUUGGGUUGCUACGGGGACAGGGCGCCUGAGCUCCGCGAGCGGCGGGAGUAUGCUGUGCAAAUCAAAAUCGACGUGGUGUUUGUAGACAAGUCGAAACUCUUCAUGUACUGGGGCCGAGAACUCUCACAACAGACGAUCACAACAUCUCAUCCUAACAAGCCCACCUUAUCCUUCACCCGAGACGUGCAACCCAACGCCCUACCUCGGCACCACUUUACCCGACUACGCUACUCUACCCAGGGUGGGAAAGCAGCCCUCUGUGGUGGUGGUGUUGGUGUCCACAUCACGUCUGGCACCCGAAACGGGACAAUCGAAUCGAACCGGGCUACCCGCAUGGAGGGACAAAUGCGCGAGCGCGAGCGCGACGGUCGACGUGGCAUAACAAAACACAAAUUCAUUGAGUAA